CUGCUUCUACUUCUUCAAAGUUUGUAGGACUCGAUCAGAUUUAGAAUGGGGUGCGUCGGUCUUGAGGAGAUACCCUUGGUUUUCUGACCAAGUCUUUCAAGAUGCUCCUGGUGAAGAUGCUACCCCCUCUUGCAGGGAGAAAUUCAUUAGCUGCAUUCAACCGAGAGACCUGGGCUGGGGAGUUCGGGGUAAUAGAUAUGACCGAGGUUUGAAGGUGUAUCAUCCUAACUUUUGCAGCAGGCAGUUAGGAUUCAGGCAGGCUAUUCUCGUCCCGUUCUUCGAUUCUAUCCAUUGUGGCACUUCAUUUUGACUACCAACUCCCUCUGAGGUGAUCUUCCGAGCUGCCCGACGCAGUCUUGACGUAAUGAGUCAGGCUUCCCGAAAGUCCAUCAUCCUCAACUUUGAAUGUACUUUGCUCUUCUCUUCUUGGUGGAAAGACAGAUGGACCAAGAAGUAUGGAGGAGAUUUGAAAGAGACUCAUGACCGCCUUUUCAGUCAACUUUCUCUUAAGUCAUACCCCGGCUCGGGCGAGCUUGAAAAUUGGAAGGAGAUGAUCCAAGAGAAGAAUCGGUCACUUCUGAUAGCCCUAGUGGAUGUUGAAUCAGAAACCAUUGAGUCCGAGGAUGACUCAGCUGAUGCUGCAGUUCUCCAUGGAGCUACAACAGAGGCUGAAAGACGAGAAGCUGGGGAAGGUGUGGAUGUUUCGGAAUCCUUUGGAAAUUCAGGAGCUGAAGAAACACCCGAGGCAAUUAUUAAAGCACCCAAGCGAAAGAAAGCGGCUGUGAUCGAGGCUUCAGAUCCUGAUCCUGCACUUCUACCCAAAACCACACGACCAACUCUUACUAGAAAGAGUAAGAGAGCAAGAACUGUCGCUCCUUCUAAGUCAUCAGCCCCAUCUGCUCCAGUCCUCGAGGCAGGCAGAAAGAAGCAACAAUCUUCAAGUAAGUUUCUGUUCUUCUUUACCAAACUGCUACCUUUCUCCUUUAUCUAAUUGCUUCUUGUUUUCCUCGAAAAACAGGACCUCAAGCAUCUAAGAGACCAAUCAUUGCUUCUAAGGAGGAACCGUUAAGAGCUGCCAUGCACAAAAAGGCUGAAGAACUGCAAAAUACCGCCCUUA